AAAAACUUUACAUAGUAAAAAGCAAUGUUUAGUAGAACAUGCUUCAAUACCAACAUGGGAAGUAAGGUCUGUAUGUCACUCAACAUGCGACUACUUUGUUUUAUAAGCCAAGUUCACAACUGAGAUUGCAAUAUCAGACAUAUAAUUGAAUAUGUGGAGUGAUAUAUCAUAUAGAUGAAUAAAAAACACAUUCUGGAUUUGUAAAAGAAGAAUUAGGCUCAUGUAAGGACAUACCACCUAUUUUCCCCCAUGGCUGGCAACACAAACCUUCUAGGUUUGAUCCAGAAUGAAAAAGCUGAAAUUAAGCUACAAUUGGUCAUGUAGCCAUAAACACAAGUAAAACGUACUUUUUGGAAAUCUAUAGGAUUGUUUUAUAAUGUGGAACAAAUUAUUUUAUUUAGUGUCUUACAUAAUUGGUCAUGGGUCUGAAAUAGACCAAUAGGUCUAUUACCACACUAUCAGAACAAAAAGGGUUAAAAGCUGUCAACUUUGUACCUAAACAGUCCAUAUUGGCACCUUAAAAAUACAUAUUAGUACCUAAAGUAAACAUCAGGGUUCCUCAAUUGCGGCCCGAGAGAAUAAUGUUUGGCCCGCUUUAAUGUGGCAUGAAAAUUCGAACACACCUUCAGAAAGUGACAUUAAAUUGUGUCAAUAUCAGACGCGAGCGUGCGGCACAACAAAGCUUCGCAGUGAGUUCACAUUUUAAGUUUGCUUUAUCCUAAAUUAUUUUCAAGAUCUGAGGUAAAUUAUCUGUUGUUGCUUUCACUAUGGCUGUAAAGAUCACGCAAACUAGUAUUCAACUUCACAUUAGACACUUUUAACUUUGAAUAAAGCAGAUAAUCAUUACCUGAGAUUAUCAAUGUCAUAUUUUAUUUCUGCCAAAACGUCACAGAAAAUAAAAACCAUUUCUAAAAUAGAAUUCUGUGUUGCUUAUUGUGACGUGUCAUUGUUGCGGGUGAUUGAGGAACCCUGGUGUACAUAUUAGUCUAAAAAAGGUGCAAAAGUGUACAUUUUGAAAAGGUUCUGCCCCAGUGACAGCUUUAGUACCUUUUAUUCUAAGAGUGCAGGUUAAAUUACAAAUAUGUUUUAUGAUUUUUUUUUCAAAUAGUUUUUUUUAACAAGGCUUUUAAAAAAUAUUGUCUAAUUAUAAAAUGUUUCUUUGCUGAUACAAAACAACUCACAUGGUUUAGUAAAAGGUUUACUACCGACAUAAUAAUUUUGUUCUCUUCAUGUCUUAGAUAUAGGGUACCACUUUUCUCUCAUAUCAUGCUUUAAAUCACUGAUGGUUAGAAAGUAUGUUUUAUUUCCCUACUUUAAUUAGAUUUAGUCAGACUGUUUUUGCAAUGACUGAAUCAGCACCCAACUGACUAGUAGCCUAUUAGUAUUUCUUUCAGAAGGUAAUGUACGCAGAUUUAGUACAUCGUAUUUUCAUGUUAUUCAAAAGCUCAAUUAAUUUAUUAUACUAUCUCAUUAUAUUCAGUAAUCGAUGGAUAUUCCCGCAUGUGCUGCAGCAACAGCAGGCUCCCUAUCACCACCUCCCACUUACAAUGACUUUAAUAAGUUUCCCCUUUAUGAGGAAAUAAUUCCAGAUUCACCACCACCCGAUUAUACCGUUGCCAUAGCCCCAGCUGCUGACAGGGAGAGAGCCAAUCUUCAAGAGAUUCCUCAAAACCCUAACAGGAGGGCAAACCCAUAUCCUGUCCUCAAUGUGCCACGAAUCGAAAUAAUCGAACACAGAGAACAAACAUUCAUACAGCAGAUAGUGCAGCCUGUAGCUCCUCAGGUGGUCGUGGUGCAGCCACAGCAGAUGCUUGUUCUUUUGGAUGACACACCGACAGCGACUGUGUGCAAGUACUGCAAUAAAAGCAUCAUCACUAAUGUAAAAUAUAAAUCUGGUUCUGCUGCAUGGGGCAUGUGCUGUUUAUUGACUAUACUUGGGCUCAUUUGUGGAUGUUGCCUCAUCCCAUUCUUUGUCAGCGGUUUUAAAGAUGUCCAUCACUCCUGUUCUUACUGCCAUAAGCAUUUGGGAAUAUACACCCGUAAAUGACUUUAUUUCCAAACUCUCACACACAUUCAACAUUAUGAUCAAUACUUGCAUUUUAAAAGUCUAUAAACUGCCAUAAUGUAUUAAAACAAUUAUAAUGCAAAACAUAUUUGCUCAUGAUUUACUUAAAAAAAAAAAGCUAAAUAUCUUUACAUAAAAAAUUUCCUUCAAUAUAAAUGAGGCUGUUAUUUUACAAAUACCACUUGUGAUUGAACAUUUUAUCUAUAUUGUUGAGGAAAAUAUGCAAUUGUCCUAUUGCAAGUUUGCAAGUCCUUUUAAUGUAGUGCCUUUGUGUUGUAACCGAAUGUUAUCGUGAUUGUUUUUAUUAAAAAAGUGGUUU